UGGUGUGAUUUGUUUGGUGUUCCGAGCCAAUAGAAAUCCCAGCCUGUGAUAAUAUCCCCACGCAGCGCAGCGCCAGAGGAUUCAGUGCUGUCUCCAGCUCCUUCCACAUCUGCAGGCGCGGCCGGACGCGCUCCGCCCUCUGCGCGCUCCGCUCGCUAGGCUUGGCUUGCUCCCCACACCCGCGCUGCUUCCCCGGCCUCCUGCGGAACCAGGCUGAGGCUGCCCGGGUGAUCCUGUGCACACCCCGCUGUGAUCGUGUCAUUCACACAGAGGAGAGCAGCAAGGAGACACACGAGGUACCCCAGGAGGAGGCUUCCAUCCCGUCAUUGCAGGAUGUUCUGGAAGCUCUCGCUGACCUUGCUCUUAGUGGCUGUGCUGGUAAAGGUAGCUGAAGCUCGGAAGAACCGGCCUGCGGGCGCCAUCCCGUCACCAUACAAGGAUGGCAGCAGCAACAACUCAGAGAGAUGGCAUCACCAGAUCAAAGAGGUGCUGGCCUCCAGCCAGGAGGCCCUCGUGGUCACCGAGCGCAAGUACCUCAAGAGUGACUGGUGCAAGACACAGCCACUGAGGCAGACCGUGAGCGAGGAGGGGUGCCGCAGUCGCACUAUCCUCAACCGCUUCUGCUACGGCCAGUGCAAUUCCUUUUACAUCCCGCGGCACGUGAAGAAGGAGGAGGACUCCUUCCAGUCCUGCGCCUUCUGCAAACCCCAACGUGUCACCUCAGUCAUCGUGGAGCUCGAAUGCCCUGGGCUCGACCCCCCUUUCCGAAUCAAGAAAAUCCAGAAGGUGAAGCACUGCCGGUGCAUGUCUGUGAACCUGAGUGACUCUGACAAGCAGUGAAGUCACCAGAGCAAGACACAGCUCAACCCUGAGCGCCCUUGCCCCUGGGUCGCACCACCUCCACUUCUGUCGAGCCUACUACUCACACUCUGCUCGGUGUCCCUGUCAGCAGCAAAUGCAUCUCUUAGGGCUACCAGUGUCCUUGUCACAAAUGUGGACCGCAAGUCAUCAUGUCCCAGAUCCACCCUGGGCCACACUCGUGUCUCCAAAUCCAGGCUGUGGAUCAGGCACAGAAGUUGUUGGAAAACACUCUCAGAAACCAGACAGGACUUUUCAGGCGAUGCGCUGUCAAAAAAGGCAUUGACAUUUCCACCAUGUGGAAAAGCCAGUGUUUCUCUGGCCACAUCCUACACUCCAGCUCAACCCUCCUCUGGUGAAGAAUGCACCACUCUUCUUUCACAAACUUCUGUUAGCCACCAGACCUCUGUGGUGUGGGCAUUCAUUCUUCUGAUCCGGGAGCUGCAGGGCUCAGUGGCCUCUGUGAUGUCGACUGGGGCAGAGUCCAUAACGGAGUUGCUCACCCUCAAGGGGUCUCCAAAGCAAACCUGAUUCCUACGAGGACAAGGAGAGUAGAGUGGAUCAGGAAAUGACUUCCCUAGGAACCGUGCUAAGCAGGCCAGACCCUCCACACCUCUAGACACCACCACCCCUUUUCUUGCUCCUCGUAGCCCCCAACUGUGGACUCAAGAUGGACUCUGGUGCACAUGCUAUUCCUUCUGCCAUCAGUCUGUUACCAUACAAAGGGUUUCUGUAUUAAUGUCACUUUUAUAAUGGAUCUAUUGUGUAAAAAUCUGUUAAAAAGUAUUAUCAACCUAUUCAUGUAUCCACUCACAUGUUGGGACUCUGAUUUUGCAGCACCAUCUGAAUAAGGAGUAGAACAGGGAAUGAUCUGUAGAAAAGGUAUUUUACCAGGAAAUACUGCCAGGCUAGCAAUUCAGCGCCACACACCUGUUAUCAGGUUGAGAGUGGAGGAGGAACAACACCUCAUGAUUUUACUUUGAAUAUGACAUCACCGGAGACACAAAAACAUUGCAGCAUAGUGUAAAAAUUGGAUUGGGACAGAGCAUCUACAGAGGAAUCGCUGGGAAGUUGUAAUGCUUGAUGCACACAUGUGAAAUGAGACCUUGUACUGUCUUCACUGCCAUAACACUAAGCAAAAAGUAUUUUCUAUUAAAAGUCAUUUAAAAAAAUAUAUGGAAUUGAGACACUUUGUGGCACAGGCAGAAAUAUAAAUUAACCAUAGAGGGUAGUAAUGUAGGUGAACUUUCACUCAGAAAAUAGCAUUCUUUGCAAAGAAUAGACUUCUAAAAAUACUAGAAAACUUAAGUCACCCUUUGUGAUGAGUGUGGAAGUCUCUAUAGUGUGGUCUUUUGAUAGGAGGAUAUGAAAGAAUCUUUUUUCCUUCAAAAUUACACUCAAGUUCAACCUCCUUGUACAAGUGUCCCUGUGAAGGACAUGUAUGGAAUCUAACAAAUGUGAAUGAGAAGCCAUUGGUGGGGAGCAGAAUGCAUUAAUAUCCUUUGGUUGGUAAUUUCCUAGUGCAUGCUCAUACCCAAGAGUGGGUUUCCUCGUGUGCGAGAGACUGUCAAACUCAGACUUCUAGAUGCUCAGUAGUGGUACUGGCUCUCUAGCUUGUCACCUGGAGAAGAGGACUGGGGUGAGCUGGGGUGGGAUGUAUCAGUGACUCUCUUGCCUGUGUUGUCAUGCAAGUUUUCUAGUUUACUUACAUCUGCAACACAGCAAACCCCAAGCAUAGAUGUUGUGGUUUUGAAGGGGGUAUUAGCUUCAGAAAUGAGAGUGCACAGCCUGGAAUCUGGAGAGAGAAGCAAGAAGAAUGGAGAAAUUGCCGAGGGCUGGGACCCCUAGGAUGAAGACAAAAAGUGAAGUGGGUGCUGAAGGUCAGAGCUACAAUUUUCACGUUUAGUAGACAAACCUCAAGCUAGAGCCAUAGCAGAGCAUGCAGCAGACAAGCUGUGAAAGACAUCUAAGUUUCCUUAAUGGAGGAUGAUUAGUACAACCAGAGAGGAGGAGAGUCUCACACCCAGCUGCAAAGCCCACCCAUAUCACAUUCGUAGCAGGACCCACACGAGUAGAGGAAGAGUUUAGCUAGCAACCCACAAAGUACACAUGUUGACACUUUUUUUGAACCCAGUCAUGGGUGUUCCCAUGAAAGCAAUAUGAUAUGCUGUGGUCUGAGGCUACUUCUUGGGUUAUUGUAUGUAUAAUGUUUACCUUCGAGUGGCUCAAAUUGUAUUUAAAUUUUGUCUUGUUUAUAAAUGAAGAAAAGCUAUAAGUAUAAUGUAAUUAUUUUAUAGGUAUACUAUUAAGUUAUAGUACAAAUAAAGAUACUCUAGGAUUAUAUAUGAUCCGGGUGUCAUGUGGCCAUAAAAGCCGAAUUCUGCAUUUGUGUUCUUGGGUCACCAGGGUUCUUGAUGAACUCAGAGUGCAUUAUCCAGCCUUUGGGAGUGGUCCAUGUCACAAACUGUCCUUGGGGACUUGGGAUCUUCUAGGAGAACCAGAAACAAGCAUUGAAAAACAAGUAUUGGUGGGGAAGACUUGCAGUCCAAGUCUAUAGGUGCUUCUAGCCUUUCCCAAAUCAGCCACCAGCUGAAUAAAGAAUGUAAUCACAGUGUUCCUGGAAUAUGAAAUAUUGAAUGCGGAAACUUUGAGACACUUAUGCUACAGAAGUCCACCGAAAGUCUCAUUGUCUCUCUUGUAGCCAGUGCACCACACUCGUGUCUUACAUAAUCCAGAAACUGUACUGAGUUUUGCUUCCUUUUACAUUGACUUUCCACGGAUUUCAACAUUUCUUAAUUUAAACACGACUCAGUUCACAGUGUUGUCAUUUUCCUGCAAGUUGAAUUAUCUGCCAUUUAAGAAAUGCAAUGAUCAAUAAAACAUAAAAAUCUUAAUAAA